GUAACAAUCGGGAUGUUUGAACUGUAAGGGAAGAUAUGAAACAUUGAGGAAUCCCAGGGGCAAUUUCAUCUAUUUUUUACUUUUCUAGGUUGAGGAAAGGAGGAGGAAGAAAAAGAAGCCCAUAAGGAUCGGGAGUGAUUAGAAACAGGGAACGAAGGGAGAAUAACCAUGGCAGUGGUCAUGGAAUCGGCAGGGAAGUGGUUGGAGAAAACGCUGGUAGAUUUGGGUUUGGAUUUGGAUAGGGAUAUAAUAUCUGGGUUAGUCUCCUAUUGCGAACUCGCUCAACCUCUCGACGCCAAAGAGUAUCUCCUUAAUAUUAUUGGGCAGGAAGCCAGCAAAGGUGUGAUUGAGGAAUAUUUACAGCGUAGAGGUCAAUCAACUCUUGUCAGUAGCGCCCCAGCUGCUCAAUCUUCAAAACUUCAGCCAUACAUCAAACCACUAACAGAAAACUAUGUUGUCUCUGGAGGCAAGCAACAAGCUAGAACAUCUAAAGAUAUAGUUUCCAGUGCUCAGGGACAGGCAGAGCCAAAAACAGAUACUGUUUCCAGACAUAUAGGAAAUAGGGGUCCAGCUGAGGCCAGUGAGUCGAGGCAAAAAGGAAUCCAAGGUAAGUCUAGGAAGAAGAAAGCUGGAAAAGUCGUUUCACUUGCAGAGGCUGCCAAAGGGUCAUUUGUCUUCCAGCAGGGGAAGCCAUGCCCAUGUCAAGCCCGUCAGCAUAGACUGGUGAGUAAUUGCUUAUCCUGUGGCAAGAUUGUCUGCGAACAAGAAGGAGAGGGGCCUUGCAGUUUCUGCGGUGCCCUUGUGUUAAAGGAAGGAAGUACGUAUGCUGGUCUUGAAGAAAGCAUGGCUCCUACAUCAGAUGCUGAAUUUGCAGCUGAGGCAUAUGCUAAAAGGCUUGUGGAGUAUGAUCGAAAUUCUGCAGCACGUACAACUGUUAUUGACGACCAAAGUGAUUACUAUGAGAUAGAAGGCAACAGCUGGCUAUCAAAUGAGGAGAAGCAACUCUUGAGGAAGAAACAAGAGGAAACAGAAGAAGCAGAACUGGCCAAGAGAAGUAAAGUGGUUGUGACUUUUGAUUUGGUUGGACGCAAGGUCCUCUUGAAUCAAGAUGAUGUUGAAGAACUCAAGUCUGAGAACAGAAUACUUCGGCCGCUAGAUGAAGGAGACAGGGAAGUGAACCGAAUUAAACCAAACCCAAGUCUUCGAAUACAACCUGUUUUUUUGGAUCCAGGACCUAGUAGAAAGCCUGCUAAGGGCAAGCAAUCAAACAAGGGCGGCCUUUCCAAAGGUUUGUGCAUGGAGAUAACUGGUAGGGUGCAGCAUGACAGCAAUGAAUUGAAAUAUUUCAUGUUUGACAACCGGUCGGAGACAUCUUCCAUUGGAAAUCUUGGUAAGGUUCGCAAUUGAGCCGGCAUGUACGCUUGCAAGAUGGUGAAUGACUGUUCGUGGAUCGACAUUAGAAUCGCUGUUCGGGUUUUGGCUGUCAUUACUAUUUAGUGGUGACAUACCUUUUCUUCUAUCAUUGAUGCAAACGUAAUACUCCGUUUAUUGCUGCGGAUUUCUGGAUGUUAGAUUUUUUUUUUUGUGACUAGUACAAAUUUUUACUUUGCUUCUAAGAUUUGGGGGGUUUCUUAAUUUUCCCCAAAGCUUUUGUGUCU